AUUAUUCAUGUUUAUGUUUUGUGACGUCUUGUGACUCCCACUCCAGCCCGACCUUUACGCAUGCUGACUUGGCUCUGGGGGCGGGGUCUUGUAAGCGGAAGCGGGACCUACUUGAAUUGUAGGUAGUUUGUUUGUUUUUGAUAUAAAAGUCUCACGGUGUUUGUUUCUGUCACGGUUUAUUUCAUUCAGCUCCGAAAGUGACGAUUCUGCUGCCAACACUGUUUGCAUCAGAGCGCGUUAGCUCCAGUUAGCUCGUGUUAGCUUGUACCGGCGUGUGGAAUCACCGCUGGCCAUGCACUUAGCGAGUUAGCUCCUGUUAGCUACAGUUAGCUUACAUCGGUGUGUGGAAUCACCGCUGCUGUAACAACAGAAACAAGCGGGACACGAACUUCCGGUCAGUGUUAGCCAUUAGCGCGGCUCAAAGCUAACGACAGCGUCAACAAUGAAGCACGAGAGUCUGCGUGAAGACAGACACGCCCUCUAGUGGACACUUGAACAGAAGAAGAAAAUGAAGAUGAAGAUGUCCAGCGUCUGCUGGUGAUUAAAGACGAGGUUCCAACGGAGAUGAUGACCAGUCCAGAUCAGAGUCCUCACAUCAAAGAGGAACAGGAAGAUCUCUGGACCAAUCACGAGGUCCAUGGCAACAAGUUCUCGCUCUCCAUCGUCCACGUGAAGACAGAAGACGAUGAGGACGAACCUCAGUCCUCACAGCUUCAGGACAGCAGAGAGGUGGAGCCUCCAGACACUGAUGGAGAUGAUCAUCUUCACUCUGAUAAAGAAGACAACGAGACUUCAGACUCGUGUGAGACUGAAGACAGUGAGGAUUAUGAGAAGGAGACCAGAGCUCCUGACCAACGUGAGCCUCACAGACACAAACAGAGAGUUUCUACAGGAGAGAAACCGUUUGUCUGCGACGUUUGUGGGAAAAGAUUCACAAAGAAGUCUAAUGUCAAGAUGCACAUGGUGGUCCAUUCAGGAGAGAAACCGUUUGACUGUGACUUUUGUGGGAAAACCUUUACAACAAAGAGGGACGUUGAGAGACACAUGGUUGUCCACACAGGAGAGAAACCCUUUCACUGUGCCGUCUGUGGGAAUAGAUUUACUCAGAAGAGUUCUCUGAACAUACACAUGAAGAGUCACACGGGAGAGAAACCGUUUCCCUGUGUUCUGUGUGGGAAAAGAUUUACACAAAAGAGUUCUCUGAACAUACACAUGAAGGGACACACGGGAGAGAAAGCACAUGACUGCGACGUUUGUGGGAAAGCGUUUGUAAAGAAGUAUUAUCUGAAGAGACACAGAAUGGUCCACACUGGAGAGAAACCGUGCAGCUGUGACGUCUGCGGGAAAAGAUUUGUCAGGAAUAUCGAUGUGAGGAGACACAUGGUGGUUCACGCCCAGGAGAAAGCGUUCAGCUGCGACGCGUGCGGGAAAAGAUUUACAUCAGAGCGUACGCUGAAAGUCCACAUGAAACUUCAUUCAGAGGAGAAACUAUGAAGCAAAUGUAGCAGGGGUUCUGUCACCAUAGCAACCCAUCAAAGUGUAAACAAACAGAAUGAGAAUGAUCAGCGUCUCCGUCAAUUCAUGAACUAAACGUCAUUGUUUGAGUGUCAGGAGAAACCAGGUGUUUCUCAGAUCUGUAUGUAAUGUGGAAAAUGUCUGUUAAAUUUCCAGAAACUUUCCAUGGCAACCUUAGUUUGGGAAUUUUGGAUAUAUUCCAAAUUAGAAUCUAAAAAAUUAAUGAGAAUUAACUGUAAAUUUGAUAUAUACAGUAUA